CCUGGGGAGCGGCAGCAGCAGAUUGGCCAGGCAUGGCAUUGUUCCCUCUGGGGCUGUGGCCCCUGCUCCUGGACUGCUGGACCCUCCCUCCAGCUCCCGCUGCAGACUCCCUGGCCCUGGUGAGGGGUGGAAACCGCUGCGAGGGCCUCCUGCAGGUGCAGUCCCUGGGGCAGCAGGGCCUGGUGUGUGGGGACCGCUGGGGCCUGCGGGAGGCAUCUGUGAUUUGCAGGCAGCUGGGCUGCGGUCGUGCCCUCUAUGUCCCCACAUACGUGGUGUGGCCCCAGGAGGCCCAGCAGUCCUUGCUGCAGGGCGUGCAGUGCCAGGGUGUGGAGGCCUCGCUCUGGGACUGCUCCCUGGGGAAGUGGGGGUCGCCGCACGGCUGUGAGUGUGAGUGCAUCGGUGCAGUCCACUGCUCAGGUAGGACGGGUGCCCCGGGAGCCACUUCUGCCAGUCUGUGGCCCUGUCCCCACCCACGAUCUUCACUUUGGGGAGGAGGGUUGUUGCCUGAGUCCCCCAGGGUGGAAGACAAGACCCUUCUUCCUGGGGUGCCUGUGACUCCAGUGCUGUGA